UUACAGCAGCCCUAUCUUUAAGUCUUCUCUUUUUUCUUGUACAUCGAUUGCGACUGCGUAAAGUCCGUGCUCCUGAAAACAGACAGCUUAGCCAAGAUCAACGCAAUAUGGGAAGCAUUGGGUAUAUUGCUGGUUCAUUAGGAUAUAUGGGUGGAAGCAUGGGAUAUUUGGGAAAUACUAGUAAUGUAUCUGAUUAUCCGUAUGAACCAUCAUCAAUAACAUCACAUCAUUAUGCAUUGUGGAAACCUUCUGGAAAUUAUUUUCCUAGAGGAGAGGCGCCACCGCCUUAUGAAGAGGCAGUUGCUGCUGCUCAUGCUGAAGCUUUAGCUGCAACAACUGCAUCAAACCUAAGGCAAUCUGCGCCCACUACUGUUUCAACCACCACUGCUAGCCUACAUUUAGAACCUAGUUCUGCAAAUAGUGACACCACUUUCAAUUCAAACAUUCAAAUUAGUACUACACAAAAUAGUCAAUCUAAUGCAUCAAAUUUAAAUAUUAAUAACAUAAAUCUCAAUGUUCGUGAACGUUCUAAUACAAUUGUAAUUAUGCCAUCCACUUAUAAUCAACAACAGUUUAAUUCCAUAACUCAGGCUCAAUCUAACUUAAAUGUAAAUCGAGGCGGAAAUCAAAGUUUACCAAGUCGAUGUAUAGAAUCUCAUAAUUUAAAUUUGGGUAGAUCGAAUAUUCAUCCUGUUGUAAACCCCAGAAUUGUACCAAAAUCCAAUCAACCUUUGGGAAGUAAUAGUAAUAAUCAUUUAAUUGGAAAUACCAGCAAUUCAGCUUCUAAUUUCAGUAGUAGGUCUGCAAGAAGUUUAAGUAUACCAUUAUCUUCUUCUAAUAAUAUAUCUUCAUCAUCGUCGAACUCUACUCAGUCUAGCAAUCUGAGUACUCUUACUAAUACUCCUACUAAAGCUAGUAACAAUGCUUUAAGUUCACUAGUUUUAUCUCAUAAGAAAAACAAGUCAAUUUUAUCACAUUUGGAACAAUGUGAAGCAUGUUCGCAGCAAGCCAGUGCUUUGGAAAAUGAAAGUAAUGUGGCACUUGAUUUAAGUAAAACACAAAGCGCUGGUGAUCUGUUGCAUGUUUUGCCACCUCCACUAUUUGACAAUGAAAUUGAAGUUAGGAGUACUUCAAGUUCUAUAUCUCGACAUAGAAGUAUACCAAGACAUAUUUCUGUAGUAACAUCCGGAUUACAAGAUGAGGGAAGCAAUUGUCCGUCUUCAAACACUCCUUCAUUGCAUUAUCCGUCUACAUCAAAAUUAAUUAACACCAAUAAUUCAAAUUUAAAAUCACCAAGUCAUUUAAAAAAUAAACUAUUACCAUUGUCAUUACCUUCUACUUCAAAACUAAAAACAAAACCCUUACCAUUGUCUAUCUCCAAUGAGAAAGAUUCACAAGAUUUGGAAUUGGUUAACAAUAAAAAAGAAACGCUUAAUCAAAAUAUGUCUCUAUCUGCAAACCAAAUAUUAACCCAAUCAUCUAAAUACACUGCUUUUCCAUUUGCGAAGACCAAAGAAAAUCUGCCAACAGGGGUGAAGACUAAAGAAGCUAUCUCUACCCCAAAAGCCAAAAAAAUAGAUUUGGAUGAGAACAGCAAAAUAACUGAAAGUACCAGUUUACUAACACACAGUUCUAAUGGUGGGAACAUGACACACUCCAAAAGCACUAAAUCUCUUUACCAAAAUUCAUCUGGUUUAAAUAGUUCGUUGCCCUUGUCAAUAGCUGCACCACUGAUAAAUUCUAAUAACUCAAACUCGAUGGAUGAUGGUGAUGAUUACAGAAGUGAAUGCGAGAACUGUAAAUCAGCACACGGGUCAAGAUAUUAUUUGCAAGAGGAUGAUGAAUUAGGAUCGCCACAUGAAACUAUGACUUUACAGAGAAAAUUAGAAUGCAAUGAAGAUGAGAAUUACUACAGAACAUCUUUAACACUACCGACUAAUAGUAAGAAAUCAAGAAAUUCUUCACUUCACAUACCAAAUUCUGCAAGGGAGAGCUGGUUUAAUAGCAUGCCGUCAACUUCAAGUUCGGAUGAUGACUAAUAAGAUAAAAAAUUGUGAGUGCUUAAAAUUUUAUAUUAUAUCAAAUUAUGUUUAUUGUAUUG